AUGGUGAACACCAGGCUAACUAGUAAAAAGCAAACAACAGUAAUAUUAUCAUCAUCGGUAACCGAUAAAAAUGUGCACACAACGAAUACUCUGGUAUUGCCAAAUGAUAACAAUCUAGGUUCGUCACGAAUAUCAUCGAAAGUAUGGAACUAUUUUACAAGAAGCGACAACGUAAAAGUUCUUCAAGCUGAAUGUAAUUUAUGUCACGUUCGAAUAAAAACAAAGAAUUGGAACACAUCAACAUUAUUACGCCAUCUAACGGGUGUACAUAAAAUAGAUCAUUUAUCAGACACAGCAGCUAUUGAUAGAAAAUGUCGUAACAAACUACCACUACUUAAACAACGACGAUUAAAUGCAGUUGCUAUUGAAGCAAUAAUUCAAGAUGGACGAACAUUUAACGAUUUCAACAAACCUGGAAUACAACGGUUUUUUCAAGAAGCUCUACCUGGCUUUAUACCCCCUAGUCGACAUAAUGUUAAACGCCGACUUAAAAGAUUACAUAUUCAAGCAGCUGCUACGCUGAUUAAAACUCUGGAAAUAAUUGAUCACAUUGCCAUAACGCUGGAUUUUUGGACCGAUAGAAAAAUGAGCUCUUAUAUGGUGUUAACCGGUCAUUAUAUUAAUGAACGAUUUAAACUGAAUUCAUGUAUAUUAAGAUUUUCCAAAUUUGAUCAUCGGCAUUUCUCCCCCAAUAUCGAUACAGAAAUUGAAAAGCAAUUAAAAGAAUUGCACAUUUUUGAUAAAAUAACUACCAUAACUUGCGACGGUGCCAGUAAUCUAAUCGGAGCAUUUAGAUAUUUUUCACGUGAUGACAUUCAACGAAUACAAUGUAUGGCGCAUAAACUGCAUCUCGUAGUGUGUAAUGGUUUGGGAUUAUGGAUUAAACGAAAAGUAUCGAAUUGUGAUUUAGAUAAUGGUGGUGACAACGCAGAUGAAAUGCUAAGUGACGAUGAGAUGGAGACCGACGAAGAAAGAUUAAGUCAAACAUUAGAGAAAAUUUCACUUAAUGGUACUGAUAAUCCUUUGGACGAUCUGAGUGAUGAGGAGUUGUACGCAUAUUUUGACCUUUUGGGUUUUUAUUCAAUGACAAAUUUGGAAAGAACGGCUGUUGAACAAAUCAUCAAAGAAAUUUAUCAGAACAAGAUUGGAAAUACUCAAUAUCAACAACAAUUGCCACAAGGAUCUUCAGCUCUAAACAGAAAACCACGGAUUACUUUGACGAAUGAAAAAACAGAGCUUCCAUUGACACCAAUGAAUUACUUUCUAAAAUUAGUUGGAAAAGAUUUAUUUAGAAAUACCAAAACAAAAUCAAACACGCUGGAGGAGGAAAUGAAAAGUUAUCGGACAACGGCAGUGAGAACCGCACUAGAAAUAAUGUCGAAUAAUAAAACCGACAAAAAUCCUUUAUUAUUUUGGCAAAAAAAUGUCUUAACAAUGCCACUUUUGGCGAAAAUGUCAAAGUUAUAUUUGGCUACACCUGGGACAAGUGUGAGUUCAGAGUCGGCCUUCAGUCUAUCUGCCUAUUACGGAAGAAAAGAACGUUCUCGACUUCAAUCAGAAACAUUGGCAUUAUCAGUGUUCUUAAAGGAUAAACUUCAACAACAAGAAGACACAACGAAUUAA